GUUUUGAGGAGUAGGGGUGAGGUUGCUGGUGCGUUUGCUUGAGAAGCUGCGAAGGUUCUCAAGGGAGGAGGAGGACGACCAGGAGGAGGAGGAGGAGAAGGAGGAGACAGAGAUGCACAGGCCUUGCGUCCCAGUCGUCGGUGGUCCAAAGGAGAGGUUUUGUAACCAUUCCUUCCUCUGCAGCGGCCCUGACCACCCGCCUCCAGGAAUGGCUGGGGCGAGUCCAGGUUGCAGGGCGUGAAAGGCACCUCGCAUCCAAUUAGCAGCGAAGCUCGGGGCCCUGGCGAGACCCGCACUGGAAGCUGCAGCAACAGAUGUGGAAAGUGAUCAGGGCUUCUCGUCCUGCCCUGCGACCUCAAGUCUGGAGAAGAGGCGUCAGAGCCAGGACCGCGCGCCCGGAGGCUGCGAGCAGCGUGCCGAGAUGGCGCCCCUGUGGGCCGCGUUGUGGGUCUGGGCGCUCUUAGGCGUGGCGGGAGCGUGCCCGGAGCCGUGCGCCUGCGUGGACAAGUAUGCGCACCAGUUCGCCGACUGCGCCUACAAGGAGCUGCGCGAGGUGCCCGAAGGACUGCCCGCCAACGUGACCACGCUUAGUCUGUCGGCCAACAAGAUCGCCGUGCUCCGGCGCGGGGCCUUCGCCGACGUCACGCAGGUCACGUCCCUGUGGCUGGCGCACAAUGAGGUGCGCACCGUCGAACCGGGCGCGCUGGCCGUGCUCAGUCAGCUCAAGAACCUCGACCUGAGCCACAACCUCAUCUCCAGCUUCCCGUGGAGCGACCUGCGGAACCUGAGCGCGCUGCAGCUGCUCAAAAUGAACCACAACCGCUUAGGCUCGCUGCCCCGGGACGCCCUUGUCUCCCUGCCGGACCUGCGCUCCCUGCGCAUCAACAACAACCGCCUGCGCACCCUGGCACCAGGCACCUUCGACGCGCUCAGCGCGCUCUCGCACCUGCAGCUCUAUCACAACCCCUUCCACUGUGGCUGCAGCCUCUUGUGGCUGCAGGCCUGGGCCGCGAGCACCCGGGUCUCCUUACCCGAGCCCGACUCCAUUGCGUGCGCCUCGCCUCCUGCGUUGCAGGGGGUACCGGUGCACCGCCUACCCGCCCUGUCUUGCGUGCCGCCCAGCGUGCGUCUAAGUGCCGAGCCCCCGCUGGAGGCUCCCGGCAGCCCCCUGCGUGCGGGCCUGGCAUUCAUGCUCCACUGCAUGGCCGAAGGACACCCCGCGCCCCGCCUGCAGUGGGAAUUGCAGAUCCCCGGCGGCACGGUGGUCUUGGAGCCGCCGUUCCAGGGCGGGGAGGAUGGAGGAGACGCGGCAGAAGACACAGAGGGGGAAGUGGACAGCGAUGGACCCACGCAGACCCAAGCCCCAACCCCUACGCCAGGACCCGCUUGGCCCGCACCGCCAGCUACCCCGCGCUUCCAGGUUCUCACAAAUGGCUCCUUGCUGGUGCCAGUCCUGAGUACCAAGGAGGCGGGUGUCUACACGUGCCGGGCGCGCAAUGAGCUGGGCUCCAACUCCACGUCGGUUCGGGUGACGGUGACUGCGGCCGGGCCCCCCAAGCACGCCCCUGGUGCAGGGGGAGGCCCCAAUGGUCAGACGCCUACCUCUGAGCGCAAGUCUGCAGCCAAGGGCCGAGGCAACAGCGUCUUACCCUCCAAACCCGAGGGCAAAAUCAAAGGUCAGGGCUUGGCCCGGGUCAGCGUCCUCGGGGAUACCGGGAUGGGGCUGGAGGAAGAGGCCGGCGAGGAGGAGGAGGCAGUGGCAGAGGACAACCAGGUCUCUGCCGACCCGAUGGAGGAGCAGCGCUGCGGCCGCGGGGACCCCUCGCGGUACGUGUCCAAUCACGCGUUCAACCAGAGCGCGGAGCUCAAGCCGCACGUCUUUGAGCUGGGCGUCAUCGCUCUGGACGUGGCGGAGCGCGAGGCGCGGGUGCAGCUGACGCCGCUGGCGGCUCGCUGGGGCGCUACGGCGGCGGGGGCAGCUGGGCGACCUGGCCGGCGACCCCUGCGCCUGCUCUACCUGUGCCCGGCGGGAGGCGGCGCGGCCGUGCAGUGGUCCCGGGUAGAGGAGGGCGUCAACGCGUAUUGGUUCCGGGGCCUGCGUCCCGGCACCAACUACUCGGUGUGCCUGGCGCUGGCGGGCGAGGCCUGCCACGUGCAGGUGGUGUUCGCCACCAAGAAGGAGCUGCCCUCGCUGCUUGUCAUCGUGGCGGUGAGCGUGUUCCUGCUGGUGCUGGCCACCGUGCCCCUGCUGGGCGCCGCGUGCUGCCACCUGCUGGCCAAACACCCGGGCAAGCCCUAUCGUCUCAUCCUGCGGCCGCAGGCCCCCGACCCCAUGCAGAAGCGUAUCGCCGCCGACUUCGACCCGCGGGCCUCCUACCUGGAGUCGGAGAAGAGCUACCCGGCCGGCGACGGCGACAACGGCGAGGCGGGUGCCGAGGAGCCCGAGGAAGAGGCCCCCGGAGAGGGUCUGGACGAAGACGCGGAGCCCGGGGACGCGGGUGGGCAUUUGCCGCGGGAGGAGAGCCUGGCCGCCUGCUCACUGGCCGAGUGCCAGUCCAAGGCCAACCCGGAGGAGUUCGAGGCGGGCUCCGAGUACAGUGACCGGCUGCCCCUGGGGGCCGAGGCGGUCAACAUAGCCCCGGAGAUCAACGGCAACUAUAGGCAGACCGCGGGCUGAAGCGCCAGCACAGGCGCCCGUUCCGCCUCUCCCGGGGGCAGAAGCCGCAGGCUGGCUGGAUUUAUGCCCUCCCCACCCCCACCUUCACUCGUACUUUGCCCCACCCACCCCCACUUGGACUAUUGGGGGCGUCUAGUGGGGAUUGUCCCCCCCCCUUGUCCUUGCGGGUGGAGUUCUGCCGCAAGGCCAGGCACAGUCCCCACCUUCCUCCCGUCCUCAUCACCCACUGAUUGUGAAGCGAGCCCCCUGCCCCCACCCCUGUCACUGUUCUUUGCAAAAUGCGCCCUGCCCCACCGUGGACCCCCGGGCCAGAGGAAACAGGAGACGAGGUUAGAAGCAUCUGGGGGUAUUUCUGUGGCUCGGCGCCCCCUCAGAUGUCCCUUGAGUCCCCGUUGCCUGCACAUCCCCCCACCCCCUUGACUCUCUCUCUCUGCCCUUUUCUUCACGCCCGAUCGGGGAUCCUCUGGCAGUUUCCUCGAUGUCUGCGUCAAAGCCCCUUCCUAAUUCGAACCUGCGCCCCCACUCCACCCCUCUGCGAGCUGACCCGCUGGAGCACAGCGAGCGCCCUGGGCGCUUCUCCGUUGCGCGCUCUGAUUUUCCUAUUUUCGUUGUUUCCAAAGACAGCGACACCCUGGGUCUGGUGCUAACACUCCCCGGGCUGGGGGUGGGAACCCGGGGAGGGGGCGUUCGCCUCCCGUGCUCCCCGCCUCCUUUCUUACAACGGAACCGCACGCCUGGGAUCUGCCGGGAGCGCGCUCAGGCGGGGGUGGGGGCGGGGGGCUUUCGCCUUUCUGCGGGUGGGUGCGGCGCCCUGGACAGCUCGGCCGGCCUCGGCGACUGCGGGACCGGGGUGGGGUGUGGAUGGAGGUGGGGUGGGGAGGCCGACCGAGAUCUGUAGUUCGCACAAAGCCUGCGGGUGGGUGCGGGUCGAGAAAACGCCCGCGGUGGGUGGGGGGUGGGGCUCAUCUCCCCGAAACACCCUUCGGUGGGAAUAGUGGCGGGACGUGUAGUCGUAGACGGGCGAGUUCCCUAGGAGAAAUGUCUGUGUCGUGUAGGUGUGGCCGUGUAGUGGGGGGCGGGGGAAGGGCCACAGGCCCGGGUCUUUUUUCAUUCUUGAAGGAAAGCGUCUGGGAUGGGGUGGAGGGUGGGGGUGGGGUUCAGGGUUC